UGGAAUCGAAACAUGGUGCAAAAUCUCAAGGGAAUGGAGAAGGGAGGAUCUUUUAUAAGGGAUGAAAAUGAGCCAAGGGACACUUACAAAAUUGCAUAUAUAAUCCAUUUCUUGUUAGGUGCAGGCAAUUUGCUGCCUUGGAAUGCCUUGAUUACUGCAGUUGAUUAUUUUGGCUAUCUUUAUCCAACCAAACAUGUUGAAAAGGUUUUCUCUGUUGCAUACAUGACUUCCUCUGUCUUGAUUCUUGUUUUGAUGUUGAGUUGGACCAAAUGGAGCCAAACAUUGAGCCUUAGAUUGAGAUUGAAUCUUGGGUUUUCAAUGUUUGUUCUUUCUUUAAUGGUAACUCCAAUUAUAGAGUGGACUAAUUGGCACCAAAAUGGUACAAAUGUGGAAUCAAAUGCAGCCUAUUUUGUAAUUGUUGCAUCAGUUGUUAUAUGUGGUUUAGCUGAUGGUUUAAUUGGAGGAAGCUUGGAUGGCUCUGCUGGUAAAUUACCAAAACAAUACAUGCAGGCAAUUUUUGCUGGAACUGCUUCUUCAGGUGUUUUAAUUUCCAUAUUAAGGAUUAUAACCAAGGUGUCACUUCCACAUACUCCACAAGGUCUCAAGACAAGUGCUCAUUUGUAUUUCAUAAUCAGCACAACAAUUUUGAUAGGUUGCAUUAUCUGCUGCAACAUGUUAUAUAAGCUGCCAGUGAUGCAGCAGCAUUACACACUUGUUCAAGACAAUUGCUUACCAUGCUCAAGACAUAAUUUCCAGGAUAUGGCAAGAACUAUAAGAUGGCCAGCAUUUGGGGUUUUCGCGAUUUAUACUGUUACUUUGUCCAUUUUUCCAGGGUUCUUGGCAGAAAAUCUUGAAUCAAAGUUGUUCAAAGAUUGGUAUCCCAUCUUGCUGAUUACAGUUUACAACGUGUCGGAUUUCGCGGGGAAAUCUUUCACUGCCGUAUAUGUUCUCAAAAGCAUUGGAAAGGCUACUUGGUUUUGUAUUGCUAGGCUAAUUUUCUAUCCUUUGUUUACUGCUUGUCUACAUGGUCCAAAAUGGCUAAAAAAUGAAGUACCGAUUAUUUUUCUAACGACGAUGCUCGGGUUGACCAAUGGAUAUUUGACAAGUGUCAUCAUGAUUCUUGCUCCUAAGUCAGUGCCAACUUCUGAAGCAGAAGUAGCUGCAAUUGUUAUGGCUGUUUCCUUAGGGAUGGGAUUAGUGUCUGGUUCUGUUCUUGGUUGGUUCUGGAUUAUUUGAACUAAACUGUUAGCCAUUUAGGCAGGGUUUAUUUGUAGCAAUAAGUAGAAUGCAUAACUUAAAAUUAUUUCAGAAAUAGUGUGUUCUGAACAUUGUAUUUAUGCUUUAAAAAAAUUGUGAAAUGCAUUGUGU